GUUCUGCUCCGGCCACCGGCGGUGGAUUUUCGCGGGAGCCGCGCGGCGUAGAGCUCCUCCGCGAGAGGACCAACCCCCGAGAGAGGGUAGGAGGGCGGGAGGGGAAGAGGCUCUCUCGAUCCGCGCGCCCGUAACCUUCCCGAGCGCGUCGCGGCCUCGGUUGUCCUCGUUGCGACCAGCGAGCGGCCACGGAAACGUGUUUCCGCGCGCGAAGAGAGACGGCGGCAACGGCGGCGGCGGCGGCGACGGUGGUGGUGGUGGUGGUGCUGGUGGACGGCGCCGAAGGACGAGGGAUAGCGGCGAAGGGAGGGAAAGAGGGGCAAGGCCGGAACGCGGCUCGAAACGACCGAGACCACCGGACCGGGGGAUCAAUCGGCGAUGGCAUGAGGAAACGCCUCGAGGCGCGCACGACCGCUGCUAUUGUUUCAUCAUUAACGAGGCCGAAACGGUCGCGUUAGCAUCGAGGAACGCGAGCGCGAUGAGCGCCCGAUUCGAACGUUCACCGUCGUCUCUCGUCUCCUCCUCGGGAUCCGAUUUAUCCUCGCCGCCGCGCGGGACACGCGGACAAGACAAGACGCUUAAACGCGCGUCUUAAACGUAUGUUACACGAACAAGGGGAUUCUACGGAGAGCUUUCUAAAGAAAAGAAUAAUAAAGCGCGUACGCGCGAAAUGUAUAAAAAGAAAAGUACGCGCGACAAAUGCUAGUCGAAAAGAGACUGAACAUUGUUGACGAAAUUUAUUGUUCCAAGAUAGAUAAGUAAGAGGAGAUCUAGCGAGCUCGCCAAGACUUUGCGAGACGAUUAUUGGAGCGGAGGAAGAAUAGCGCGGCGGCAAAUUACCAAGUGAACAUUCUGCCUGGAAUCUCGCGAAUUCGCGCUCUCGUCAAAGUUAGAGCGGUAGAGUUUGUCGGUAGAGGGGCGGAUUCGCCCUCCCCCCCCCCAUAGAGGGGGAGAAAAAGCGCGCCAGGGGUCACCGACGGUAAAUGGGACACCGCGGAUCGACGCGAUCCUAGUUUCGGGUACUGCGCGUCCCUUAACCUUUGCGGCUGCUGAACACGCGCGUCGAACAUCCAGGUCGGGAGGUUCAUCCCUUGAAAGAGAUCGGGGGAGGAAAGGAGGUCGAAGUCGUUCCAGCUUCGUCGUGUCGACCUCGUAAUCGUCAACGUUAUUUCGCCCUGGCCCACGUAAAACACUAAUAAGCGGUGCUAUCCAACGUAAUGGGUGAUAAUCGUACACGGUGAACUCUUCCAUCCCUAUCGUUAAUCUCGGAGCAGCGGAAAGGGGAUCAAGCGCGAUUAAGCUAAACGCACCGCGUUCAGCACCGUCCGACACCUAACGCUGGGGUAAUAAUUCGGGGCAGCCGAUUGUUGUCUCCCAAGAGUACAGCAAAAAUAUUAAUGCGUUCGAUAACUCACGAAAAAGAUGCGUACGCGCACGCAUGUACAUACGGGUACACACAGACACGCACACAAACGCGGAACAACGCGCGGAUCUCUAUACUAGAUGUAUAUACAUGUUGCAAGUUUAUUUAAAUGCAUCAUAGAUGUAUAUAUAAAUAUUAUAUAUGUGUGUUGAACCUUCAUAGGUCUAAAUCACAACGUUGAAGCGUUUACAUAGUAUAUCACGUUACGCGAUUCUCGAUAAUUCAGCAAUUCGAGACUACACGAGAGGAGAGAAAAAGAGAGAGAGAGAGAGAAAGAAAUAUACGUUUUAAGGGAACAGCAUUCGCGAAAGAAGUUCUUAAAAAUUGUACAACUGAAAGGAGAGAAGAAACGAAGGGGAGAAAAGUUAUUUACGGUUACAAAGCAGUGAGAGUGAAAGAGACAAAAAUAAAGUACCGUGCGACUCGAUCGGUCGUCUCUGUCAACUAGUCGGGAAUUCGUACCAAUCUAUCUAUCGAUCGGACGAUCGAAGAAACUGCCACGAAACAUUUGCCAAUUACAUUAACAAAAAAAUAAAAAAGAGAGAGAGAGAGAGAGAAAGAGGAGGAAAGGAGAAGAAAAAAAUUUACAAGAUUCUCUCGAUCAUUGUCAAUGCGCGCGAAAUACUCGCGCGAGUCCCACGGUGCUCAAUUAGGCGUAAUAAGUACAAAAGACACGCGGGCCUGCAGAAUUAUUUUUUUUCGACCGAGGUGUGUGUGUCAUCCCUGUCAACAUUAGUGAAUAAGCGCAUCGAAUCUGUCCAAAUCCCCCAUUGUAUAGGCGAGGAGCCCCAAUCCUAAAGACGAUCCUAUAUAAAUCUACCUCAACGAACUAUCGGCACGCGAAAUCUCAAGUCCCACUUUCGAGCAUAACUUUCUUGGACAAGAAAUAAUCGGCGAACAAUCACCCUUGCGAAAUCACUCGUCCAACUGAAAGUUGUAGAAACUUAAAAAUCCUCCCUCCUCCUUCUUGCUACUUUUCGCAUUCUAUCUCUCUUUUCUACGCGUGAAUCGCGUAAAUCGCAUAAAUCGCAGCUUCGUUGUCGGUUACUCGGUAAUUUUCGCUCGUCGUUCGUAUUAUUUCUUUUUCUCGGAGAGAGAAAGACAUGAGGGAAGAAACGCCGGAUAAAUUCCUAAGAUGAUCGAUAUUACAAGCGUUCCCCCGCGUUCGGAAUCGUUCCUUUGAUCAUCGAUAGAGUUCGAUAGAAUUGGCGCGAUAAAGACAAUCGUAACACGCGGUAUAUAUAUCAAGGUAUCUGAUCCGGAUCGAUUGGAUGCGAACGAUCGGGCUGUCAAGUCGGCGCACGUUGCACCGUCAUCGCGCAAAGCAAGGUGGUGAUAUGCUCCAUCUCACGCGGGUGCGCGUACGGGAUAAUGCUGGCGGUGAGAGAUGAGAUGAUAGACCGCCAGGAAGAGAAAGAGAGAAGAAACAGCUGCACCGCGGGUCGGAGAAGAGAAGCCACCGCGCCAAGAAAGACGCACAGCCAUGUCAUGGGAGUCUAUCUCGUCCAGGGAUUACCUCGGCGGAUCGGCGAGUCAUCAGCUCUCGGCGACCGCGCUGCUGGGUAGCCCUGAUGGAUCGAGACAUCCACUCGACGUCUGCGAAUUCACCGAAGAGGAUUACCGGCACCAAAAUGGUAAUGGUAGUAAUGGCCAUUACCAAAACAGUAGAUCGGGCGCUGGUAUAUGGGAAUGUCUCAUAGGUUGCAGGAGACGGCUUGAUCAACAAUUAGCCCGAAGAAGGGUGGAGCAGGGUUUGAAACUUUACCGGGCUCAUAAACAGCAGGCCGCGGUCAGGAAAUGGAGAGGCGCCCUAAAGAGCAUCAGGCACCGCGAGGAUAAAUUCGCCCUCCUCGGAUAUCUGUAUCAGGCAUACAUGGAUUGGGGAAAAUACAGGGACAGCAUCGAAUUCGGGAACAAGCAAUUAUGCAUCUCGGAGGAGCUGGAUUCACCAAACAUGCGGGCAGAAGCAUAUUUGAAUUUGGCUAGGGCACACGAGAGAUUGGGUGCUCUGGACAGAGCGUUAGAUUACGCCCGGCACAGCUUGUAUAACGAGUGCGAUCAGUGCGCUACUGCUGGAUUAGUUCACUUAACCGUAGGCAGAGUCCACUUGGAGUUAGCGGGAUUCUGCAAAGCUCUGGAAGCGUUUCAAAGAGCCCACAAAAUUGCCCACUCCAUUCAAGAUCCCUCCUUAGAGCUGCAGGUGUACGUCGGCCUGUCGGAACUUUUUUGCAGAUUACAGGAUGCGGACAAGAGCGCGAGAUACGCCGCGAGAGCUUACGAUCUCUCGAGAAGUUUACAACUGGGAGAUUUGAAUUCGCGUCAUCACCGAGCAGCGUUAUUACAAAUGGCCGCGGCGCUUAGAAAAAAAGGAGAAUUGGGGGACGCUCACGAUUACUGUUCGGAAGCGACUCGGCUGUCGUUGGUUUCCGGCGACCAAGCCAGUUACGCCCGCAGCAUCCGUAUCAUGGGAGACAUUUACAGAAAGAAAUCCGACAUAAAUAUGGACAUAUUGCAGAAAGCUUUCCGACAGUACGAGAGCGCGAUGGGCUCGGCGGCAGCGACCGGCGAUCGGCUGUGCCAAAUGGAAGCGAUGGACGGGGCGGCGAGAUGCCUGGAGGCUCUCAGGCUUCAGCACAAGAUAUGCAAUUGCCGGCCCCUCGAAUUCAAUACCAGACUCCUGGAAGUGGCGGGAUCGGUCGGCGCCAAGCUUUUGGUGCGGACAGUCAGGUCCAGACUGUCGCGGAUUUACGGAUCUUUGGGAGAUGAAGAACAAAAAGGGCACCACGAGAGAUUAGCGAUCGCGAUGGAGGAAGAUCUAGAAUUGCGAUGCGGAAGCUGUAACGAACCUUUUGGUUUGGAAGCCGAUUCUCUGGAGGCGUUACCCUGCUCUCAUAUAUUACAUGCUCGAUGCGCGUACGACAUCCUGAAGAGACGCGACAAGAAGAAGAAGCGUUUAUGUCCCGACUGCCACAAAUCUGUCAGUUCACGGCUGUACCUGCAUUGCGAGGAUCCACACGGCAUGAAUACGUUAAAUCAUAGUUCCUUGAGCCUGGCGUCGUUGAGGGCCAGCAGCCUAGCAACACUUGAGGACUGUCACGCGACGAGUAGCGUUUAAAAUAACAACAAUGGGAUUUCUCGUUUAUUUUAACGCGUUGGUAUCCGCAUGCGAUUAGAGAUAAUUUUAAGAAUCAUAAUUCGGCAGGUAAAAAAAAAGUCAACGGAAAGUAGUACGAUGCAAAAAGAUUUAAUGGCAAUAAAAAGUGCACGCCUCGACCCACA